GGACAAGAGCCAGUAAGAAGUUGGAAAGAAUCUACUGGAGAACAUGACUGCCAAAUUGAUUGCUGGACUUCUGGCAGCUUUCCUGCUUUCUGCAGUUCUAUGUGAAGAUGCCGUAGUUUUAAGAAUUAAUGGAGAACUUCGAUGCCAGUGCAUAGAGACGCAUUCCAAACCUUUCCAUCCCAAGUACAUCAAAGAGCUGCGGGUGAUCGAGAGUGGACCUCACUGCCCACAUUCAGAAAUCAUUGUAAUUCUCACCUCAAAUAAAGAAGUCUGCCUGAAUCCUAAGGAAAAGUGGGUGCAGAAGGUUGCGCAGAUAUUUUUGAAGAGGUGA